CAAACAUGGUCUCACUUUGUACGCGCCCAUUUUUUUAAUUGUAGCAUUCCCUGGGUUCAUAUUAAGCCGUUAAUUCUACAAAAAUUUAACCGAGUUGUGGAUAAGUUUAUUGAAGAUGCCAAAGAGGUUCUCUCUCCAUCAGUGUUUCAGACUGCGGAAUUGAAUAAACUUAAGGAAAGAGUAUACAACAUCCUCCGCCAAUUUGAAGGAACCCCUUUCACUAUACAAAGGCUUUGUGAACUCCUUAUACAGCCCCGAAAACACUAUACUCGUCCGGACAAAUAUCUGCGUGGUUUUGAAAAGGCUUGUCUGGUUGUUUCUACUAUUGAUUGCUUUGGAAAGUACGAAUCGUCUACGGGCAUAGCAAAUGGUUCCUUUACUGAUGGUGCGUCUACCAGUUCAGCUGAGGAAUCUUCGACUGGGACAAAACGGUCAGACGAAGAAGACGAUGAUAUCGAAGAGGACAGUGUGGUUCCACAUGGUUCCAUUAUCGCCACAAGGAGACCCUGUAUCAACUUCUAUCGUCCCCUAGCUUCACCAGCAUGCUCAGCUGAUAGAGUAAGAUUAAUGCUUUUUAGUGCGAGCGUUUGUAUUUGA